GCGAGACUUCGGUGGCGCAGCAAUGGCGAGACCAUGCCGCGUCACUGCUCAGCCGCCGGCUGUUGCACUCGGGACACGCGCGAGACGCGCAACCGCGGCAUCUCUUUCCACAGACUUCCCAAGAAGGACAACCCGAGGCGAGGCUUGUGGCUGGCCAACUGCCAGCGGCUGGACCCCAGCGGCCAGGGCCUGUGGGACCCGGCGUCCGAGUACAUCUACUUCUGCUCCAAACACUUCGAGGAGAACUGCUUUGAGCUGGUGGGAAUCAGUGGGUAUCACAGACUGAAGGAGGGGGCAGUCCCUACCAUAUUUGAAUCUUUCUCCAAGUUGCGCCAGACAACCAAGACCAAGGGGCACAGUUAUCCACCUGGGCCCCCGGACGUCAGCCGGCUCCGGCGAUGCAGGAAGCGCUGCUCUGAGGGCCGAGGGCCCACGACUCCAUUUUCUCCACCUCCACCUGCUGAUGUCACCUGCUUUCCUGUGGAAGAGGCCUCAGCACCUUCCACUUUGCCUGCCUCCCCAGCAGGGAGGCUGGAGCCUGGCCUUAGCAGCCCAUUCUCAGACCUUCUGGGCCCCCUGGGUGCUCAGGCAGAUGAAGCUGGCUGCAGUGCCCAGCCCUCUCCAGAGCGGCAGUCCUCCCCUCUUGAGCCACGGCCUGUUUCCCCCUCAGCCUACAUGCUGCGCCUGCCACCACCUGCUGGAGCUUACAUCCAGAAUGAGCACAGCUACCAGGUGGGCAGUGCCCUGCUCUGGAAGCGGCGAGCUGAGGCAGCCCUUGAUGCCCUGGACAAGGCCCAGCGCCAGCUGCAGGCCUGCAAGCGGCGGGAGCAGCGGCUACGGCUGCGGCUGACCAAGCUGCAGCAAGAGCGGGCACGGGAGAAGCGGGCACAGGCAGAUGCCCGCCAGACUCUGAAGGAGCACGUACAGGACUUUGCCAUGCAGCUGAGCAGUACCAUGGCCUGAGGGGCUGCAGGGUGCAGGGCUGACUGAGGAGCUGCCUGGCAAGACUGUGGUCUCCUCCUCCCUCAGGAGCUACCUGGGGUGGGACCUGAUCUGAACUGCAUCCACCAGACCCACCAGAUGCCAUAAUAAAGUGGAUUCUAGAAGGA